AUGAGGUGCGAAAACGAAAAUUUAGAUAUUGAGGCAUUUAUUUCUAUGGUGGAAGAAAGGCCCGUGAUAUGGGACAAGACAAGAGAGGAUUUUAAGGAUAGGAAUAAAACUAAAGCCGCCUGGCAAGAAAUCAUCGAUACAUUUAUUUAUGAAAACCUGAACGAAGCAGAAAAAGCCGAAAUAGGUAUGUAA